CUUAAAGCAUAACAUGAAAUGUUAGUUCUCUUCUUUCCUCCUAAGAUUUUCAUGCAAGGCCUGAAAAGGAAACGCUGACUCUAAGCGAAAGAAAAAACAAAUAUUUAAAGGGACAAAAGACCCUGAAAUGGGUGUAUUGAGCUCCAAAAGUUCUAAAGUCAAGCAAGCUCGAAUCCUUCUUCUAGGACUUGAUUCUGCUGGAAAGUCAACUCUCCUUUAUAAACUAAAGUUUGCUACAGACAUUACCACCUUUCCAACAAUUGGCUUCAAUGUGGAGAUGAUCGAGGUGAAAAGGAAUGUGUCACUGACAGUCUGGGAUGUUGGAGGACAGGAGAAGAUGAGAGCCCUGUGGAGAUGGUACUGUGAGAACACAGAUGGGCUGCUUUAUGUCGUGGACAGCACAGACCAGCAGCGCCUAGAGGAUUCCAGGAGAGAGUUUGAGCGCAUUUUGAAGAAUGAACAUAUUAAACACUUGCCUGUAGUCCUCUUAGCCAACAAACAAGAUGUACCUGGAGCUCUGACCGCUGAGGACAUCACCAGAAUGUUCAAGGUGAAAAAACUGUGCAGUGACCGCAGUUGGUAUGUGCAGCCCUGCUGUGCCCUCACUGGGGAAGGGUUGGCUGAGGGCCUCCAGAAACUGUCAGGCUUUGUGAAAAGCUACAUGAAAUCCAGGGAUGUGUUAGCAUUCUUCAAGCAGAACUGAGGUCCAAGCAGUGAAAUGAGACACUGACACAAUUGAAAGGGUAACAUUUUCGUGAGAAAAGCAAGUUGCUGAGUCAUCAAACAUUUCCUGUGAUGCCAUUUCACCUAAAUGUAGCUAAAACAAUUCAAAAUGAUAUCCAGAAAACAAAUUUUUGGUGGGUAGAUACUUUAUUUAGCAAAUGAUGUGGUACUGACAACCAAGAAUGAAAAAAAAAAAGCACCACAGUUCUAUGCAUGUUUCGUAAUUCAGAAUAAUCAAAUUUGGGACUAAAGAGUUUACUGCCUUAUUAUUUUUAUAUGACUACUAGAGCAAAGUUUAAGUAAACUGUCCUCUCCUACAGUCACAAUUCUUGAGAACUGCUUCCUGCUGUUACAGUUCUGAAUUGUCACCAUACUCUCCUAUGUGAUGGCUGAUGAUGUAAAAAUGAACUCUAAAUUAUGGAAAGGGUUAGUAGACCCUUAUCUCCUAAAUAAAAAUUACCUUCUGGU